UAUCCAACCCCCAAGAAUUGUGUAACGCCUUUACAAACAGACGAAAAAAUGGAGGAAAUGCCAACAGGGUUUCGGUUUUACCCUACAGAAGAAGAGUUGGUUUCUUUCUAUCUACACAACAAGCUCGAAGAGACGAGACGAGACAUAAAUCGCGUUAUACCCCUCACCAACGUUUAUCAGCUCGAGCCAUGGCACCUCCCAAAACAUUCGGGGGAGGUUUGCCGUGGAGACAGUGAGCAAUGGUUUUUCUUUGUCCCGAGCCAGGAAAGUGAAGUACGAGGAGGGAGGCCGAGUCGGACUACGGCCUUGGGCUACUGGAAGGCCACUGGUUCACCAAGUUAUGUUUAUUCAUCAGAUAGUAAAGUGAUUGGAGUUAAGAAAAGCAUGGUGUUUUACAUAGGGAAAGCUCCCACUGGAAGAAAAACAAAAUGGAAAAUGAAUGAGUAUAGAGCCAUCAAGGAAGAUUUCCCCACUUCUAUUCCCAAGUUAAGGCAUGAAUUGAGCCUAUGUCGACUUUACGUAGUGUCGGGAAGUUCUCGAGCAUUUGAUCGUCGUCCGACCAGGCUGGCCCCGCCACCAAGGGAGAUGAUGAUCAAACAACAAAAUGAAAGUCGAUGUGGUUUAACUUCUGAAUGUGCAAGAACAUCGUAGGCAUCAGAAAGUAAAAUAUCUGGAGAAAGCCAUGCAGGAGGCUCCAAUUCUGGAGAUGAUUCAUGGUUUAGAAAAUCUAGUUGAGUGGAACGAAGUGUAGGGUUCUUAAUUAAAACGACGAGUUAGACACGUUAUAAAAUAUUGUGAUCUAAUUUUCCAAAACGCGUAACCAGGACCACUGAUUUCUUGUAAGAUAAAUGAAAUUGCUUUUAACAGAUAUUGUAAUUUUUCUUAUA